AUGAGUAAAUCCGACCUCGACUACGGUGUCAAUACCACCGUCUCGCAUGGUGCCGAUCUCGAAGCCUCUUGGAGCAGACACCAUGACCAUGAGGGCGACUUUGUCACCCAGCUCGAGAACAACAACCUCGCCCGAGGUUUGCGUCAGCGCCACAUCCAGAUGAUUGCCAUCGCCGGUGCCAUUGGAACAGGACUUUUCCUCGGACUCGGCGGCUCGAUUCAAACCGGUGGUCCUCUCGGUGCGCUUUUGGGCUAUGCGACUGUUGGAUGUAUCGUCUGUGCAGUGCAGUUCGCGCUGGGAGAAGUCGCGGCGCUCCUGCCGGUUACUGGUUCCUUCGUCAGACAUGCUGAGUUUCUGGUUGAUCCGGCGUUUGGCUUUGCAAUUGGGUUGAACAUCGUGUACGGGAACUUGCUGUCCGUCCCGGCGGAAAUUUCGGCCAUUUGCGUAUUGUUUCAAUACUGGACCGACCUGAAUCCUGCGGUGUGGAUCUGCAUAUUCAUCGUCAUCACCUUCGUGGUUGGUAUCUCGUUCGUGGGAAUCUAUGGAGAGAUCGAAUUCUUCUUUGCCUGCUUGAAGAUUCUCCUCGUCGUCUUCUUGAUCAUCUUUGGUCUGGUCAUCGAUCUUGGAGGAAUCCCGGGCCAAGAGCGCGUUGGAUUCAGGUACUGGAAGCAGCCAGGCCCCUUCGUUGAGUACAUCGCCUCCGGACCCUGGGGUCAAUUCUUAGGCUAUUGGGCUGUGAUGACGAACGCGGUCUUCAGUUUCGCGGGUGUUGAGAGUUUGGCGAUGGCGGCUGCUGAAACGCAGAAUCCGCGCCGAAACAUUCCAAAGGCUUGCAAGAAGGUCUUUGCUCGUGUCUUGAUCUUCUAUAUCCUAGCUGUUCUCAUCGUUGGUAUGAUCGUAGCAUCCGACGACCCUCGCCUCAACGACCAAUCCGGCGAUGCAACACAGAGUCCCUUCGUCAUCGUCGCUUCAGCCGCCGGCAUCAAGGCCAUCCCUUCGGUCGUCAACGCCGUCGUCAUUACCUCUGCAUGGUCUUCUUCCAACCAAGCGCUUCUCUCAGGCACCCGUGUCCUCUAUGGUCUCGCCAUUAAAGGACAGGCACCGAAGAUCUUCUUGCGGACUACUUCCUGGGGCGUACCAUACGUCUGCGUGUGCUUCAACACAUGUUUCAUGUUCCUCGCAUUCAUGGCGCUUUCAAGCAGUGCCAUGACUGUCUUCUGGUGGCUGGUCGAUUUGACUGCUGCUGGAGUGCUUGUAUCCUGGUCCUCGAUCCUGUUCAACCACAUCCGCCUUACCCAAGCGAUGAAAAAGCAAGGCAUCUCGCGCACCGAACUGCCGUUCCACAACAGCUGGACACCGUACUCGUCGCCGAUUGCGCUGUUCAUGUGCCUCACUAUCUUGCUUACUGGUGGGUUCUCGAAUUUUACGAAGGGUGGCUGGUCGACAAGUAGCUUCGUGUCGUCGUACUUGGAUAUUCCGCUUGUCAUUGCUGCAUUUCUGCUGUGGAAGUUCAUUAAAGGGACGAAGAUGGUGGAUUUGGCGGAUGUGCCGAUAAGGGCGGCACUUGAGCAGGUGGCGGCGAACCCUGAGCCGCUGGAACCGAAGUCUACGGGCUGGAGAAAGGUGGUGAACUUUCUAUGGGACUAA